AUGUCCUCCGCGGAAGUGGAUGCGCAUCUGCUGCCCGAGGCGCAGCGGCUGCUGAGGGACGAUGACAACCUGCUGCGGCAGAUUUUCUUCAACAUCCUGCAGAAGCGCCACCCGCGGCUGGCCACCAAGGUGGACGUGAUCUACGGCAUGGCGCGGGAGUGGUGCGAGGACGGCACCGACGACCACUUCGAGACGCUGGCGACCUACAUGGCCAAGCUGCAGACGUCGGAGCGAGUGCUGGUUGCGAGCGUCUUUUCUCACGUUCUGAACCUGCACAAUCUCUCAGAGGCCGUCAGCAAUGCGCAGGCAGAGAAGGCAGCCCGCCUGGGAGCAGAUCCUGAUCACAUCUUGAGGGCUACGAGUCACUCCUUUGAGACCAUACUGAACACAGAUGGAGCAAAGGCCGAUGAGAUCUACAAGUCACUGUGUACACAGUCUGUGGACCUGGUGUUCACGGCUCAUCCGACCCAGGCGCUGAGGCGCGAGCUGCUGCUGAAGUACGCUAAGAUGCAAGAUGAGCUGUCAAAGCUCCACAACACGAAGAUGAGCCAAUUUGAAAAGUAUCAGUGCCUGGAGAACCUGAAAGGGCUGGUUCAGUCUGCAUGGAGGACGGAUGAAAUCCACAGAAGGAAACCGACCCCCCAGGACGAAAUGCGUGCUGGGCUGGCAUACGUCCAGAAUGUGAUCUUCCCAGCGCUCCCGAUUUUUCUGCGCCGAUUGGAUGCCGCCCUUGAAAAGAUUGGACAGCCCAGGCUGCCUGUCAGCCAUGCACCUUUCAGGUUCGGAUCAUGGAUGGGUGGCGACCGUGAUGGAAACCCCAACGUGACGCACAACACGACAAGGGAUGUGUGCAUCAUCGCCAAGCUGGCUGCCUGCGACCUCUAUUUCAAGGAAAUCGAGCAGCUCAUGUUUGACCUGUCGAUAUGGCGGGCGAACAGCGAGCUGCAGAAAGUUGCAAGGACAAUGGCGGCAAAUGUGGACAUUGCCAAGGUUACGGAAGAGAGGAAGAACAAGAACUACGCUGACUUUUGGUCGCCUUUUGACCCCCUUCUGGAGCCUUUCCGAGCAGUCCUGUCGGAUCUCAGGGACCGUCUGUACCGCACAAGGGAAGUCCUGCACCAGUGCCUGAGCCACAAAGAGCAGAAUGUUCAACAAAUGCUGCAAGAUGAAGACUGCAUCUCAUCAAGCGAACAGCUCAUUGAGCCUUUGAUGCUGAUGUUUAACUCCCUGAACGAAACGGGAGACGAGCCCAUUGCCAACGGCAGGCUGCUGGAUGUCAUUCGCCAGGUCCACACCUUUGGAUUGAGCCUGACUCGUCUUGACAUUCGGCAAGAGGCUUCUCGCCAUGCAGAGGUGAUCAAUGCCAUCACGGAAUACUUGGGCAUGGGAUCUUAUUCCCAAUGGGAUGAGGAAAAAAAGCUGGAUUUCCUCAUUACUGAACUCCAGGGGAAGAGGCCACUCAUGCCACCUGGUACUCCCAUGUCUCCCGACGCUGAGGAAGUUGUGGCAACUCUCAGGACUCUUGGGACGCUCCCGCCUGAGUCCCUUGGUGCGUACAUCAUCAGCAUGGCCAAGCAACCAUCGGAUGUGCUGGCCGUUGUGCUUCUCCAGAGGGAGUGUGGCAUUCAGAGCUACCUGCGAGUGGUUCCACUUUUCGAGACCCUGCAGGACUUGGACAAUGCACCAAACGCGAUGAGGAAGCUGCUGACGACAGACAUGUACC